ACGGCCAGGAGAGGCCAGGUCUCCGGGGGCUCACCGCAGACCGAUCCAAACCGAAGGGAAUGCUCCUGCUCCCUCCUCCCACACCCCGCAGACGGAUCCACAAUUCUUCCCUCCCUGCCAGACCCUUCCCCACAGGAUGAGCCCUCCCUCACCUCUGUCCUAACUCAAACCCUGCCUUUGAGUGGAGCCUCAAAAUCAAAUACCAUCUCACCCCCGAGUACAUCUUUAACCCUAAGGGUCUACUUUCUAGUCUGGCUCCCGUUCUCAUCCGGGGAUUCCCAUCUUCAGCCUUGAAAGCCUUCUUCUCAGAUCCUAACACUCACCCAUAGAUCUCCCCCUACCUGACUCUUAAACCCACCCUCCCAUUGUGUGACCCGGCCCCCAAUUCCCGGCACCGGCCUCUCCCUCACCCUAUAACCCCUUCCUGGGCUUAGUCUGAGCCCAGGCCCUGUGCCCCUGACCGAAGACAUGGAGUUUGUGUCUGGAUAUCGAGAUGAGUUCCUCGAUUUCGCCGCCCUCCUCUUCGGCUGGUUCCGAAAGUUCGUGGCAGAGCGUGGGGCUGUGGAGACCAGCCUCGAGGGCCGCUGGCGACAGUUGGAGGCGCAGAUCAGAAGGCUGCCCCAGGACCCUGCCCUUUGGGUGCUCCAUGUCCUGCCCAACCGUAGUGUGGGCAUCAGCUUGGGGCAAGGGGCAGAGCCAGGCCCCGGACCAGGCCUGGGGGCGGGCUGGCUGCUGGGAGAUCAGCCCCCGCUCCACCUUCGAGACCUAAGCCCCUAUGUCAGCUUUGUCAGUUUGGAGGAAGGCGAGGAUGGGGAGGAGGAAGAAGAGGAGGAGGAAGAGGAAGAAAAUGGAGAGGAAGAGGGUGCAGGCACAGAGAAGGUCGAACCAGAGGAGGAUGGGGAGCCAGUCCAUACGAGCAGGGAGUCCCCCCAGGAAGCAAAUCUUCCAGGGCAGCCGGAGGAGGCUGAGCAGAAGGAAGGAGGUGGCGGCGAGAAUGGCUGUCAAGACGAGAGGGCAGAAGACGAAACUGGGCCUAAGAGGAGGAAGGGGCGAAGAAGUGAGGCUGCCCCCCUGCACCUGGCCUGCCUCUUACUGGUGACGGAUGAACAUGGCACCAUCUUGGGCAUCGACCUGCUAAUGGAUGGAGCCCAGAGGAGUGCAGGCAAGGGCUCAUGGACAGAGAACCUGGCUCCUCGGGCCUAUGCUCUCCUCUGCCACAGCAUGGCCUGCCCCAUGGGCUCUGGAGACCCCCGAAAGCCCCGACAGCUUACUGUGGGAGAUGCCCAGCUGCACCGAGAGCUGGAGAGUCUGGUCCCAAGGCUGGGAGUGAAGUUAGCCAAGACCCCAAUGCGGACAUGGGGUCCCCAGCCAGGCUUCACCUUUGCCUCCCUUCGGGCUCGAACCUGCCAUGUUUGUCACAAGCACAGCUUUGAAGUGAAGCUGACACCCUGCCCCCAGUGUAGCGCUGUCUUGUACUGUGGAGAGGCCUGUCUCCGGGCCGACUGGCGGCGAUGCCCAGAUGAUGUGAGCCACAGAUUUUGGUGCCCGAGGCUUGCAGCCUUCAUGGAGCGGACAGGGGAACUGGCAACUCUGCCUUUCACCUACACGGCAGAGGUGACCAGUGAAACCUUCAACAAGGAGGCCUUCCUGGCCUCACGAGGCCUCACUCGUGGCUACUGGACCCAGAUCAGCAUGCUGAUCGCAGGCCCUGGCACCCCCCGGCACCCCCGGGGCAGCACACCAUCCCCCAGCCUCCUUCUCAACGGAGAUCCCUACCAGCUUCUUCAGGGGGAUGGGCCUGUCCUGAUGCCUCCUGUGCCCCCAGAUCCACCCAGGGGCCUCUUUGGCUCGUGGCAGGAUUACUACACAUGGCGGGGCCUCAGCUUGGACUCCCCCAUGGCCGUGCUUCUCACCUACCCGCUGACUGUGUACUACGUCAUCACCCACCUGGUGCCCCAGUCCUUCCCCGAGCUCAACAUCCAGAACAAACAGUCUCUGAAAAUCCACGUGGUGGAGGCUGGGAAGGAGUUUGACCUGGUCAUGGUGUUUUGGGAGCUCUUGGUCUUGCUCCCCCACGUGGCCCUGGAACUACAGUUUGUGGGUGACGGCCUGCCCCCCGAGAGUGACCAGCAGCAUUUCACCCUGCAGAGGGACGGCCCUGACGUCUCUGUCCGCCCUGGUUCCGGGGUGUCGGCUCGGCUCAGCUCUGGAACUAAGGAGAAGGGGGGCCGGAGGGACCUGCAGAUCAAGGUGUUUGCUCGGCCCUACCACCUGCUUCAGGGGCCCAAGCCCGACUUGGUUAUCGGAUUUAACUCUGGCUUUGGUCUCAAAGAUACUUGGCUGAGCUCGCUGCCCCGGUUACAGUCCCUCCGAGUGCCCGCCUUCUUCACCGAGAGCAGCGAGUACGGCUGUGUGAUGGACGAGCAGACCAUGGCAGUGGCCGCCGGCGGGGGCACCAGCCCCCCACAGCCCAACCCCUUCCGCUCCCCCUUUCGUCUCAGAGCGGCCGACAACUGCAUGCCCUGGUACUGCAACGCCUUCAUCUUCCACCUGGUCUACAAGCCCUCGCAGGGCAGCGGGGCCCGCGCGGCGCCGGGACCCGGGCCCCCGGCCCCGGCCCCGGCCGCUCCCGCAGCCCCCGCCCGACGGCGCCGCGGAGAGAAGAAGCCGGGGCGGGGGCCCCGCCGGCGGAGGUGAGGGCGGGGAGGUAGCCGUCCGCGCCUCCCGCACCAGGCCUCGGAAAGGGACCUAAAACCCGUGAGGCCGAGGGGCAGGCCGCUGGGCCGA